UAAGAAUGUUGUGUUUUAAAAAAUAUAUAAUUCUGAGCGGGAAAAUAAAACGACGAACGGCCGUUCUCUAUGCGGAAGCGAAUCAUGGGCGGGGCCUACAGUUUCAAAGCAUACAAUUGGAAGAUUUACUUGCCUACUGGUCUCCUUUAUGACCAAUGAAAUCAGCUUCACACAUUCAUUUCGCCAAUGCACAAAUCAGAAAAGGCUGAUUGCUCCUUCUAAAAUUUGCAUAAGGGCCUAAUAAAUAGCCAGCGUUUCUGCGUAAAGGAAUCAGUUCUGCUUCGAGCAAACAUGCCUGAACCAGCGAAGACCGCACCCAAGAAGGGCUCUAAGAAGGCGGUAACUAAAACCGCCGGCAAGGGAGGAAAGAAGCGCAAGAGGACCAGGAAGGAGAGCUAUGCCAUCUACGUGUAUAAAGUCUUGAAGCAGGUCCAUCCUGAUACUGGAAUCUCCUCAAAAGCGAUGGGCAUCAUGAACUCCUUCGUCAAUGACAUCUUCGAGCGCAUCGCCGGUGAGGCGUCUCGUCUCGCCCAUUAUAACAAGCGCUCCACCAUCACAUCGAGAGAGAUCCAGACCGCCGUCCGUCUGCUGCUGCCCGGGGAACUGGCUAAACACGCAGUGUCUGAGGGCACAAAGGCCGUCACCAAGUACACUAGCUCAAAGUAAAGCACAGUCAACUUCAACCCAAAGGCUCUUCUAAGAGCCACCCAUAUUUUCAUCUAUAGAGCUUUUUCUGUGUGAUCAGUGAUUCAGUAACCGUUCUUUUCAAAUAGCUCCGCUCAGUGUAUGGCUAACGGAAGUUUUGUUUGAAGGCUUUACACUUAAAGUGUAUCUUUUACUAUUAAAUUUUAAUAACUCCUUGCGUACAGACUCUAAAAUAUAUACAUUUUAAUUACAAAUGUCUACAAUAGGGAUAAUACAGUUCUGAUAAUAUGUGUCAGUAUUCAGUCUUGGGUCACAUGGUCAAUACAAAAUCGGUUGAACACGGGCGGCCCUUUUCCUGCUCUGGAGUUUAUUCUCUGGCUCAAUUGCUGUAAGACUCUGGGGCCUACUCUCAGUUCUUUGUCUCUUCCUCUCUUAGCUAACUUUAUUUACAUUUAAGCUGGUGCAAUUAAAGUGUUUUUAACAUUUCAUACACUUAUUUUCUAACUGAUUCAGUUGUAGCCAUUGCAAAUUAUUGUCUUUAAAUUAUUUCAUUUUCAAGUAUUCUGUGAAUUAUUUUUGCUCUAUAUUGCAAUAGAGUGGAGGAACUAUGACGUCAAUUUGUAUGCAAAAACCCGGAAGCGAGUUAGCAUUUUAGCAGUUCCGGUUCCCUCAUCCCUAAGUCAAUUGGGUUUUUGAAUGGGGUUUCAGUAAAAUUGCUUAAAUAAGGUUCGUGGCAAACACAAACUCAAGAUACUUCCAUGUUUUGUUCUACGACAUAAAACACAUCAGUUAAAGCACAAGCUUGAAUUUUUAAUUUGUCCAUGCUUCUUUAAAAAGAUGGUUGCUAUCAAGUUGCUAAAUGGGACUACAGGCAGUGUUAUUAUUUAUAAUACACAUUAUACGUCAUCGAGCUAAUCUGGUCUAGAGCGCAGCCCGCUUGUGUUUGGCAUUUGGAUUUGUCUGUUAUUUAGGUAUUUUCAUGAGUAGUGUUUUAUAGUUUGUAGUAUUUUUCUAAUUGGGAGUUAAUACUGUGUGUAAAUAAUGCCUUCACUUGUAAAAACUGUCGAGACAGAUUCAUUUGUUAAUCAUUUAUUUUAAUUAAAUGAUAUUAUGAAGAUA